AUGUCACCUGUGAUGGAUAUAGCUUCGGCUUCGUUUUCAAAUCAAACCAAUAGUUCACAUAAUUUAUCAGCCUUUCAGUUACCAAAACGUAAAUUCCCUACAUUCUCUGAUAUGUUGACGCAAUGGCAAAGCUUUGACAAUUUAUUCACAUCAAUACUUUCACACACUCCUGACCUGCCAGACGUUGAACGUUUUGAGUAUCUAAAGAUGUCUCUCACGGGUGAAGCUCUAGCCCUUGUGUUGCAUCUCACGCUAACUGCUACCAACUAUACAUGUGCUUGGGAAAUCUUGCGGUCCCGAUACGGCAACAAACGUGAUCUCGCUCGUGUUCACCUAGAUUCUCUGCUUGCUACACAGACAGUUAAAUCGAAAGACGCUACCUCUAUUCAACAGCAAGUUAACACAAUAUUAGAGAACACAGCUGCUUUGGACAACCUCGAUUUUGUAACCCGACAGUGGAGUCCUCUUCUGGUGCAUCUUUUUGAGAAGAAUUUAGAUUACGAAUUACGUGCUAGGUGGGAAUUAGUCGUUUGGGGUAAUUAUUAUCCCCAAGUCUCUGAAUUUAUGGAUUUCUUCCGUAGCCAUCUGCGUUCUGCGGACAUCUAUUCCAGUUCUGUUUCAGUUAACCGAUCAGAUGAUGUUUCAAAAACCCAAAUGUCUGUUAAGCAACAAAGUUUUAAACCUCGCUCGUCAGGUCCAUCCACAGUCUUAGCCGCAACGACCAGUAAUGUGUCUGAAAAACCUUGCCCACUAUGUAACUCACCCUAUUCGAUUAGAUCAUGCAAGCUAUUUACUAAUCAGCCUCCGAGUGAACGCUUUCUUGUUGCCAAAAGCCAUCGGUUGUGUAUAAAUUGUCUGGGGUCCGGGCAUUCUUCAAUGAGUUGCAAUUCGAAGUAUAAAUGUCAGACAUGUAAGAAAUCUUAUCACUCACUGUUGCAUUUUACUUCUACUGCUAGUCUAUCAACUACGUUAAGCCCAGGAUCAUCAAAUACUCUAUCCACUAAGACGCCAGACCGUCUGUCUUCGGUUGGAUCACAUGUUGCGACUACAUCGUGUCUUGUUAGAGGACAACCGCAGAAAAUCGUUCUAUUGUCCACAGCAAUAGUUGAAGUCUAUGCUGCCGAAGGACGGUGA